GGUCUCCGCCGCCUCGCUGGGGGGUUGGGAGUAGGGUUUUCGACGGAGUGCAGCGACCUGAGGAUCUUUAGGCGCCGCCAAGGAGUGGCGUCCGCUGUGGGGCCCGCGACAUCGGCAAAAAAUUGUGUUUUCCCCCGAAAUCGGCAAAAAAAAGAGCUGAAAUUUUUCGAUGGAUUAUUACACUUCUCUACUAAAUGAGGGAUCAUUGUCUGAUAGUGGUCUAGUAGAUGAAAAUCCCAGUCAAUCUGUUAUGCCAGUUGAGUCAACUGAAAAUAAUGUUUUUAGAAAAACCGGACGGACGAAAAACUUCACCGUGGAAGAAGACAUUCUACUUGUAUCUGCAUGGCUCAACAUAAGCACGGAUGCAGUGCAAGGGAUCAAUCAAAAAAAUGAAAGAUAUUGGCAAAUGGUGCAUGGUUACUUCCAUCAAUUCAAGAAUUGUGAAUCUCAACGGACGGCAAGUUCUUUAAUGAAGCGUUGGUCGUUAAUUCAACUUUCUGUAAAUAAAUUUUGUGGCUACUAUGCUCAAAUUUCAGCAAGGCAACAAAGUGGUAUUAGUGAGAGCGAUAAGGUAUGUCAAGCAGUGGAAUUGUACACGAGCAUCCAAAAACAUCCAUUUCAAUUUCUUCAUUGCUGGAGAGAAUUAAAAGAUGCACCAAAGUGGAGAAUUGAUAGUUCUAAAAAAAAAUCUAAAACUCCAUACAAAUCUGGUCAUGCAAGUUCUAGUCCUGCAAGUUCCAUUCCUUCAAGUCCAGAUACAAUAAAUUUGGGAGAAGAUGAUAUUGCUCGUGAUACCUUUUCCGAAGGAUUGGAAAGACCAAUAGGAAGAAAAGCUACAAAGGAACUGUUAAGAAAGGGAAAGGGAAAACGUGAGUUUGAUACAAGUAUGCCUAUGGCAUAGAAAUUUGAAGAGUUCGUUGAAAAGCUUGAUGUGAACAAUCAGAAGAGACAAGAACAACUUGACAGAAUAUAUGUUCAAGAACAAGAGAAGAUUCUUAUUAAGAAAGAAAAACUUCGAUUGGAACAACAAAGAGAAGAUGAAAGAAUCAUGUCAAUUGAUACUAGUAACAUGGAUCCAAUGCAAGCAGAAUAUUACAAACAACUCAAGA